GUGCUGAUUUGUCGUAACUACAAAGGGGACGUGGACAUGGCAGAGAUCGACCACUUCAUGCCUUUACUCAUGCAGCAGGAAGAGGAAGGCCUUAUUAGUCCCGUGUUGUCUCACGGCACCGUUCACUUCAUGUGGAUCAAACACAGCAACCUCUACCUUGUGGCCACCACAAACAAGAACUCAAACGCUUCUCUUGUUUACUCGUUUCUCUACAAAAUAGUUGAGGUGUUCACAGAGUACUUCAAAGAGCUGGAAGAGGAGAGCAUUCAGGACAAUUUUGUGGUUGUUUAYGAGCUGCUGGAUGAACUGAUGGACUUCGGAUUUCCUCAGACGACUGACAGCAAGAUCCUGCAGGAAUACAUCACUCAGGAAGGCGCCAAGCUGGAGGUGGCAAAAAGCAAAGUGCCGACCACGGUCACCAACGCUGUCUCCUGGCGCUCAGAGGGCAUCAAAUACAAAAAGAAUGAAGUCUUUAUUGAUGUCAUCGAGUCCAUCAAUGUACUGGUGAACGCCAACGGCAGUGUGAUGAGCAGUGACAUUGUGGGGAGCAUUAAACUGAAGACCAUGUUGUCUGGGAUGCCUGAGCUGCGCCUGGGGCUCAACGAUCGAGUGCUGUUUGCCCUCACUGGACGCGACAAAGGGAAGACGGUGGUGAUGGAGGAUGUGAAGUUCCAUCAGUGCGUCCGACUCUCGCGUUUUGAGAGUGACCGGACCAUCUCCUUCAUUCCUCCUGAUGGAGAGUCUGAGCUGAUGUCCUACCGUAUCAAUACUCAUGUGAAACCUCUGAUAUGGAUCGAGUCGGUCAUAGAGAAGUUCUCUCACAGCAGAGUGGAGAUCAUGGUCAAGGCAAAGGGACAGUUUAAAAAACAAUCUGUGGCAAAUAAUGUGGAGGUGAGGGUCCCGGUCCCCAGCGAUGCUGACUCACCCAAGUUCAAAACCAGCACAGGUCAUGCCAAGUAUGUGCCUGAGAAGAACCUGGUGGUGUGGACCAUCAAGUCUUUCCCAGGAGGAAAAGAGUUUCUCAUGAGGGCUCACUUUGGUUUACCCAGUGUGGAGAACGACGAGGCAGAAGGCAAACCUCCCAUCACAGUCAAAUUUGAAAUCCCCUAUUUCACAGUCUCAGGAAUCCAGGUUCGGUACAUGAAGAUCAUAGAAAAAAGCGGAUAUCAAGCUUUACCCUGGGUGCGCUAUAUCACACAAAGUGGAGAUUACCAACUGAGGACCAAUGUAUAAACAUUUAGGGAUGCUUCCUGACCUCCAGAAAAGCAACAAUCACUUUUACUGCACUGACUGAACGUCUUUUAAAAUGUCACUUGUUUUAAUGUUAAUUAUCUUGUUUUUAAAAAGUUUUAGGAAAUCUGUUUGAAAAUCAAUUUCAAGAUGUGCUCUUACUCCAAAUUAUUUAAAUAAAUUAAUUCCUCUGAAGCAAUCUA